GGAGGGAGAGACAAGUAACGGGAGAAAAAUGGAAGGAACAACACACAUCUGGAAUUCAUUAGAGAGAGAGAGAGAGAGAGAGAGAGAGAGAGAGAGAGAGGGUGGGACGGAGAGACAUCGUUCUGUUAACAAAAGGAAACAAAAUUGAAGGUCAAACCUCCCAGAUAGGAAAGUGUACAUGUAUUCAAUAUAAAGUUCAGUAUUGGGGAAGAAGACAAGUUAAUUGUAGCAAAAGGACGGACACAGUCAACCAGUGAAAAAUAAUUCAGACGAAGAGAAAAAAGCAACGCUGGUUGAAAAGCCUGGCUGCUUCAGGAAAACUAAGUAAAGUUCGGAAACACUGGGUGAAGGAGUAAGGAGUUCGGAAGAGGAGCGCGACAAAGACAAGAUCUGAAAGAACUGAAACUCAUCCUCAGGAUGUCAGUGUCUCGGACGUGUUUGUGCUGUGUUAAAUAUUUGAUGUUCAUCUUUAACCUCAUCUUCUGGCUAGGAGGAUGUGGUUUGUUUGGCGUUGGAGUCUGGCUGUCCUUCACACAGGCAGAGUUUUCCUCUCUUCCGCUGUCCUUUCCAUCCCUCUCAGCUGCCAAUCUGCUGCUAGUCGCUGGUGGCAUUACCAUGGUGACUGGCUUUCUGGGUUGUCUUGGAGCACUUAAGGAGCAGCGCUGCCUAUUGUUCACGUUCUUUGUGAUCCUUCUGCUCCUGGUCCUGACAGAGGUGACUCUAAUGGUGGUUAUACACAUCUUCCAUGACAAGCUGGAUUCCAAAGCGCAAGGUGAACUAAAGGAUGGUAUGAAGAUUUAUAAAUCAGAUCCUGGACUGGAAAAAUCCUGGGAUAAUGUCCAGAAAAUGUUCAAAUGCUGUGGAGUAACUAACAAAACAGACUGGUAUGAUGUGCUGAAUGGAACACUGCCCUCAUCCUGCUGCUCCGUUGGGACAGACCAGUGUGUUGACGGAUGGAGUGAGCCGUGCUAUCAGAAGGCCAGGCAGUGGCUGCUGGAUAACAUCCCCUCAGUCCUGGGGUUUGGAGUGUGUAUUGGUGUUGUGCAGAUCUUGGCCCUGGUGUUCUCCAUGCUGAUGUACUGUCAAAUUCUGUGCGCUGAGAAGCACUUGGACUGACCACAGACCAGCUGUUCACAUAGCCUGAAAUAGGAAGGCUUAUUGCUCCAAAUCAAUCCACAGAUGGGGGUCCAGUGCUUACUUGGGUUAAGACCUAAAAUUGGUGCCUUUGAAAUGCCCUGAGGCACUGGGUUACACUAUCUGAAAGUUUCAGCGGGCACAAUCGACACUGAUGUAUGGACAAAGCCAUUUGUAACUGUAACAGCUAUAUAAAUGUAAUAUCAUGAGCCUGAUCACAGUUUAAUAUCGUAUUAGUCAGGUAUCGUUUUACCACUAGAAUCCAUCAGCAUCCAGACAAAACAAGUUAAUUACCUUAAUGCAUUGUAACCCGAGAGGAAACACUGGAUCCAAUAGUGUCUUAAAAUCCAAGAAAAAAGGGCACAUAAAUCUCUCUCCUUAUUUUGUAUUUCGUUUCUAGAGUAGCUUAUUUUGGAUUUUGUUCUACAAAUAGGAAAAAAUUCAUAAUUUUAUUAUUUGGAUUUUACUAUCCAUCCAGAAUGUUAAGAAUAGAAGAGAGGACACUUAACUUUAUAACCUGCUGGUUCAGUUUGUGUGUUAGGUCAAGCACUAUAAUGAUGGGAAAUGCUUUUGACAAGUACACCAGCUGUAAAAAAAAAAAAAAAAAAAAAACAGAAAUGAUGAAUAAAUAUUUGGCACUUGGUUCACUUUGUUAAUAACUCAUUGAACAUGUCUGAUUCAGUGACUUCACAGUGCUCUUACUUUAAUCUAUGCUAUCUAAUCAUCACUGUGAUUUUUUGAAAAUAUUCCAAUAGUAACUGAUCAUCCAUCAUUCUUUGUUUUCAUUAUUUUCAUAGGAUUUAUAAAUUUAUCCAACUUUAUCUUUUUUUAGUGGAGUAUGUACUCAAAUGGCAUUAGUAUCAUAUUAAAGACUGAAUGAAGAAUCCUUGACUCACACUAAUGUUCCCUGUAUUUAUUGUAUAUCUGAUAUAAACCAGAGGGUGUAUUCAGAGUCAAUAAAUUGUCCAAAUAAGGAAACGAGAUUUUGCCAAUUGAAGGCGAUAAUGCAAGUAGUAAAUUGUCCCUCCCUGCCUAAUUUUAUGGGAAACAUUAAAAUAUGUGGAAGCAAAUAGCACUCUGCCUCCUGUUUCAUCUGAAAGGAUACCGCUAGGUUUCUUUUAUUACUGUCAUAACACAGGUAGUACUGGUAAAACAAUUUGUAAUUAAGUCUAAGGGACUGAAUAACUGCUAACACUUUGAGAUGUAGCAGCUGCUAUGGUUCAUUGUCCACCCCAGUCUCGACAAGAGUCCCUCUCUAUCAGCACCAUGCCAUUCAUCUUCUCUUCUCUCCAACCCAUCUUCUUGAGUUUGGCAACCAAUCAAAAAGACAAAUCUUACUAUACAAGAAUUAUAGCCACAGCCUGAUAAAGCCUUUUUCUCUGUGCAACCUGUGAUGAAAACUGCUAAAAAUAAAAAGCCAUACUGCUG